UGUUGUUUAGUUUGAAAAAAAAGGUUUUUUUUUAUAUUUAAUGAAUAUUAGUUGUUUUAACUUUGAUAAUCAAGGGCCUCAGAAUCAUAAAUUUGUUGUUUGUUUAAAGCUAAGUUGAGUGCAACUUAAUAUACAACCAUGCCUAGUCAGUAUGAGGAAGAACGUGUAUGGGAUGGUCAGAAUCAUAAUAAUCAAUAUGAAGAAGAAGGAAAUGAAGAUGUUAUUGAGAACCCUGAAGAGGUAUUAAAUGAAUGUCUGGAAAAAUUUAAAACUCCAGACUACAUUAUGGAACCUGGUAUUUUUGGUCAGCUUAAAAGAUACUUCCAAGCUGGUGGAAAUCCAGAGCAAGUUAUUGAACAACUGUCAAUGAAUUACAAUGCUGUAGCUCAGAUGGCCAACUUAUUAGCUGAAUGGCUUAUCCUUGGAGGUGUUAAAGUUAGUGAAGUCCAAGCUAUGGUUGAAAAUCAUUUAAAAGACAUGAUUCUAAAAACAUUUGAUCCCAAAAAAGCUGAUACAAUAUUCACUGAAGAGGGAGAGACACCAGCUUGGCUUACUGAGAUGAUUGAACAUCCUACUUGGAGAUCUUUAAUUUACAGACUAGCUGAAGAAUAUCCAGAUUGUCUAAUGUUAAAUUUUACUAUAAAGUUAAUUUCUGAUGCAGGUUUUCAAGGUGAGAUAACAAGCAUAUCAACAGCUGCACAACAAAUCGAAGUAUUCUCCAGAGUACUCAAAUCAGCUAUUGUGGGUUUCCUUCAAAGUUCAGAUGAUUGGCAAAACAGUGUCAAUGAAUGUGCUAAAAUGGUUUGUCAUGGCGCGCACACAUAUGUCUACAGUCAAGUUAUUGUUCACAUUCUCUCACAAGAGCCAAGAGGUGGCGCUAUUAUGAAGAGGUUGAGCCAGGAAAUAACUCGUUGUGCUCAACAAGGCGGCCAUGACGUGACCCCAAUAACACUGGCCUUGACCUCUGGUGAGAGUUGGCGCAACGCUCGGACGGCACUUGCAGCCAUGCUAUCGAGGGGCGCCCUCAAUCCGGCUGAUAUCUCGGUGUUGUUCCGCGCUUACACGCAACCAGACUCGCCACCGGUUCAUUUACUUAGGAUACCACAGUUUUUGGAACUACUCGUUGAUUCAUUGUUCAAAUUGGGAAGCAAACUGAAUCCGGAACACAAAUCCAAAUAUAUGUAUCUUUUGGCAUACGCUGCUAGCGUUUGCGAAAGUCCGAGUCCCGGUAAACCUGUUAAAGACGAACUAAAGGCCACUGUGCAAGCUAUUGAAAAAGUACAUGCCGUGUGCAGCAGCUCUGCUAGUUCCAGCGAACUCAUCGCCGAAUUGCCUACUCUAUACCAUUGUAUAAGAUUCCCCGUGGUCGGUAUGGGAGUUUUAGUUUGGGUGGAGUGUGUUGUGACCGAACCUUCGUAUUUCAAACUCUGUACAGAACAUUGUCCUUUGCACCUGGCGCUAUUAGACGAGGUCGCGUCUUGUCAUCCACUGUUGCAUCACAGGCUCUUGAGAUUAUUAGUGAAACUCUUUGAAUCGCCACAAGACGAACUAGAAAUAUUAGUCCAGCUUGAAUUGAAAAAGAUGCUUUUGGAUCGAAUGGUGAAUUUAUUAAGUCGCGGUUGUGUUGUCCCCGUCCUUAGAUACAUUAAGCAGUGCUGGCAGCGCGGAGAUACAGAUAUUUCGUUGAUUAGAUACUUCAUAACUGAGGUUUUGGACGCAAUAGCACCGCCGUACACGCCCGAGUUCGUACAACUUGUCCUACCCAUGGUAGAGAAUGAAGAAAUAACCGGGACGAUGAGAGCAGAAGGUGAAAACGAUCCGGUUUCUGAAUUUAUAGUUCAUUGCAAGGCACAUUUCGUCGUUGUUUGAAGAUAUAUAAAUAAAUAUAUAAUAAACUAAAUGUAACAAUAAUAAUAUGAUUCGUUUUAGUAAUAAUAAUAAAAUGAUUUAUUUUAUUAUCAACCAGUUU